AUGUCGUUACCACGAGAAUGGAGCCUGCAGGAUUCGGUUGAGCGUGACGCUGUCGCCUGUGCGACAGCGUCGCAGGAGAUGGUCGGUACGACCGUCAUCGACGAGAAUAUGAAUCAACAGAACCAGCUGGGCUCCCUGUUGUCGAUCCAUUCGGCCCCGGUGUUCGAUUUGAGCACCGGUGUACCGUCACCGAAGAGGCCAGCUUCGUUGGCCGUUCAGGCGACGGCUACGUCGACACCGAUCGUGCCACCACAUCUACAGAGUCCAGAAACUAUCGAGGACGAGGAUAACGAUAACCUCCUAACAAUAUCGAGCCUCACCGCUAGACCGUUGAUAGCAAAGUCUCGUGAGCUACGUUCAACUAAAAGUUCUGUAACGAAGAAGAAGAAACCGAAGAAAAACGAGACGAAGAGAUUGAGAAACACCACGCAUCUUCCAUUAGACGGUGGUUACGGAUGGGUGGUGGUUUUCGGAGCGUUUUUCGUUCAAUUUUGGGUGGCUGGCCUGAUGAAGUCCUACGGGGUGUUGUACGUUGAAGUGAUGGAGACGUUCAAGGAUUCCUCAGCGGCGGUCGCGUCUUGGAUACCAGCUAUUUUAUCCUGUCUUUGUCUCGCUCUUGCUCCUGUGACGAGUAUGCUGUGCCAGAAGUACAGCUGUCGAGCAGUCGUGUUCGUCGGAGGAUUAUUCUGUGCUUUAGGACUAACGAUAAGUUUCUUUGCCACGAGCUUGAUACAUCUCUUUUUUACAUUCGGAGUUUUGACAGGUAUCGGUGGUGGUCUAUCGACUACACCGGGUAUCAUUCUCGUCUCCCAAUAUUUCGACAAGCAUCGCGCGCUAGCGAACGGGAUAUGCGUGUCCGGAACAGCAGCUGGCAGCUUCAUGUUCCCGCUUUUGAUCAAGGUCCUGGUGGAGACUUUUGGCUUCCACGGUACCAUCCUUUUACUGGGCGGUUGUAUGCUUCACGUGUGCGUGAGCGCGACCCUCUACCGGCCAUUGGAGAACAAUUACGCGCCGAAUGUGUUAACGGAUAAAGCGGAAAAGGUCGAGAGAACGACAAAGGAAUUAGAAUCGUCGAAACAACAGAAGUUAGAGUUAAUAUUCGCCAACGACUCGACUGCGAAGCAUAAUCUGUUGAACGAAUUAUUUCAUCAGAAUAGUGUGGUGGCGGUCGAGCUGACCGACAGCGACGAGGAGAAGGACGUGAUGGGUGAGGGUCUCCGUAUGAAGCCAAUCUCGAAGAUACGUAGCUCGAGCAUACUGCACAGCGUCGAGGAUCUGUCGACCGAUUCUACGUGCGUGUAUAAGGCCAGGUCGUCGCUAAGAUCGUCGGUCACUGCCGUAUGUCCAGUUCCUCCGAACGAACCACAAGUGCCGGAAGAGAAAAUGACACUGAUGCAGAAAAUAGCGCAGUACAUCGACCUGUCUCUAUUGAAGGAUCCUCAAUUCAUCAUGAUGUGCUUUUCCGUCAGCUUGAUGUCCACCGGAAGCCCUUACAUGCUCUACUAUCUUCCGGCAUACGUGCACGCGGCCGGUUACACCAAGUCUGAAGCUGGAUAUUUUGUGGCUAUUUCUGCAGCGCUUGAUUUGUGCGGUAGAUUGGGACUUGGAUGGCUUUCGGACUUGAAGCUGUUUGAUCGACGGAAAGGAUACAUUGGAAGUGUUGUGGGUGCUGGUGUAGCAGUACUGACAAUUCCAAUGGCCCAUUCUUUCUACGUACUGGCAUGUUCCGUUGGUAUGUACGGACUAUGCCUGGGCUGUUGGUUUCUCUUGGUUCCCGUCCUUCUCGCAGACCAAUACGGAACUGACAAAAUAUCCUCCACUUAUGGUCUUGUUAGGAUGUUCCAAAGUGUCGGAGCUAUUUCUAUUCCGCCUUUAGCAGGUUACCUGCGCGAUGUAACAGGAAGUUACACCGUAUGUUUUCUGUGCAUGGGCACGUGCAUGGUCAUGGGAGGUCUACCUCUACUCUUGGUUUUUAACGAAGUAUCGAAAUCAUCGAAGAUGACUGUUAAUAAUGAGAACAGUAACCGUCAAGGAGAGAUGACUGCAAAAGAAUAAGAAUAUUUUGCGAAUGUGAUUGAAUGUGUAAUAGAAACCUAAUAAAUCGCAACAUUUGUCGCUACAAUUAUUCCACUAUGAUGUAUUGCUUGGUUCAGUGUAUUCGAAAACGUUUACAUAAAUACCUGGUUCGCGGCAG